CAGACUAAAAAGUUCAACAAAAUUGAAAUGUAAAUUGUUCUAGUCGGGAUAACUAUCAAACUACGACAGUGAAAAUAUAGUUUAAUCGGGAAAUCAGUGCAAUAUGACGAAUAAAGAUGUAAUAAGAGGGCUAGGAUGGUUCGUUCUUCCAAUUUCAGUUUAUUAUAUUUGGAUGAACUUUAUCGGAUUGGCCAUGUUGGAGCUUAUCUUUGGUCCUCAGCUUAACAGCUACCAUUACGAAGGAGACACCAGAUUAAAUCGUACCCGAAUUCUAAUCGAAGGCAACGGUUACCCAUUCGAAUCGCAUGAGGUCACUUCAGCUUCAGGAUACAUUCUGAGUCUGCACCGGAUACCCAGUGGCAUUAAAAAAGGUCAGGCGACAUCCUCCAAGAGGCCAGUGGUGCUCAUUCAACAUGGUCUCGUUGCCGCUUCUGAUGCACUCGUUUUUCGGGGACCAGAAGUAGAUCUCCCUUACAUCCUGGCAGAUGCUGGAUAUGAUGUUUGGUUGAGCAAUAUGAGAGGAAAUGUAUAUUCUAGGAAACAUCAAACGCUGAAUCCAGAUCGUGAUUCAGAGUACUGGGAAUUUUCUAUGCAUGAGAUUGCUGUCGAGGACUUCCCCGCCAUGAUAGAUUACAUUCUCAAUUCCACCAAACAGGAAGAAUUAAACUUUUUGGGCUACUCUAUUGGAUCAACCACCGGAUUGAUGUUUUCUUCCAUGUUGCCGGAGUAUAACAAGAAAAUCAAAGUUCAUGUCGCUGUUGCACCAUUCGUGUAUGUAAAUCGUACUAUCCCGUUGAGCCACAAAUUGUUAUUAGUGCCUGGUGUACCACUGAGCCAAACUGCAAUUGCCAACGGAAUAUACAACUUCCUCCCUAGAAGACCGUAUAUGUCGAAACUGUUGCAAAUGUUAUGUCAUGAUAGGACACCAAUUCAAGCCAUUUGCAAGUCAUGUAUUACGUUUCUUGUUGGAGAGGAUAACAAUCAAUUCAAUUCGACAGUGUUUCCACAUUUCCUAGAAUUCUUCCCAGCAGGAACGUCAAUUUAUUUAGUUCAGCACACUUUCCAAUUAUAUCUUAGUGGAAAUUUCGCACCAUUCGAUUAUGGAAACGAAACCAUCAAUCAGCGUAAAUAUAAAAUCGCAAAUCCUCCACCGUACAAUAUAUCGCAGGUGACACAUCCUGUGUCGCUCCACUAUGGUUCGGGAGAUAUCAUGGUAGCUGAAGAGGAUGUGGACAUCUUAAACAAGAAGUUACCAAACUCUCUAGGAAUGUUCAAAGUGCCAUACGAUAGUUUCAACCAUAUGGAUUUCAUGUGGGGGACUAAUACGAAAAAGCUAGUGUAUGAUAGACUCAUUUCAAUAAUGGAUAAAUAUAACUGAAACAUCACCCACGCAAAUGUUCAUUUGCGGAGAUGAAAAGAGCCCUAGGGAUCCAAAGAAGAGACUGAAGGAAGCAGAAGUUACUGUCCAAGCACAAAAUGUAUUAAAUUGUAAUAAAUCAAUAUUUCAAGCAAGCUUUAUCAGUGUUGUGUGAUUGAUUGAAAAUUAAAGUAGGUUAUGAACUG